AUGGUCAAAGUCCGCCCAGCUACUCAUGCAGGCUCAUGGUAUUCUGGCAAUCCCAAUGAGCUUAACUCUCAACUCAGUCAUUAUUUAUCACUAGCCAAGUCCUCAGGAAAGACUUCAGUUAAAGGAGCCCGAGUUCUUGUGGGGCCCCAUGCAGGAUAUUCAUUUGCGGGCAAGACUCUUGCCCAAACGUACAAUUCGUUCGAUCCUACGGGGAUUAAAAGAGUGUUCAUAUUGGGACCAUCUCAUCACAUUUAUUUCAAGGAUGAGGUUAGAACUACCAGGUAUGGUGCCUACGCUACACCCCUUGGUAAUGUACCGGUUGAUACCGAUACCAUAAAAGAUCUUGUGUCAAAUGCCCGCCACAUCGACUACAUGAGCUCGUCUGUUGACGAAAAUGAGCACAGUUUUGAAUUACACAUGCCACUGUACUAUAAAGCUUGCUUGGAUAAGGGAUUAAGCACUCCACCCCCGAUCAUUCCCAUCUUAAUUAGUGGUUUCCCUGGUCAAUUGGCAGAUUCAUUAACCAGCACACUGCAGCCGUAUUUUGAAGACAAAGAGAACGCCUUUUUUGUAAGCACUGACUUCUGUCAUUGGGGCGAUCGAUUUGGGUAUACUAGUUAUACCCCCAAUGGAGAUUUAGAGUCUAUGGACGAUAUAACUGUUGCGUUCAAUGGAAAGAGCAACUCGCUGAAGAUUUAUGAGUCGAUUGAGGCUGUGGACAAGAAGGGAAUGGAGCUGAUUUCGAAGGGAGAUGUCUCCCUAUGGCGACAAUAUCUUCAGGCCACGGAGAACACAAUUUGCGGAGCUUAUCCUCUGACAGUCUUACUGAAACUUAUGGGGAAAGCUGAUACUUUUGAGUGGCUAGGAUACACACAAAGUAGUCAUGUUCUUGAUCCGUAUGAUAGUUCAGUGAGUUAUGCUAGUGGAUAUGCUAUUCCGUCAUAG